GACACUCACCCACUGAGCCACGCCUGCUGAGCCUGGAGAUGGUUCUAAUGGAACCAAUGACACCGUGGGAUGCGUGUGUUUUACUUAAAAAUCUGAGGCUUCGUGGGUGUGCCCAGAUUGUUUCCUCUGCAGUGACACCCCAGGAGGCUGGUAUCUAUGACCUGCCCAUGGGCCACAUGGUCACACACUCCCUGUUCUCCCUGCAGGAGCUUCACAGUGGGGACCCCAAGGAGGGACCUUUCCGGGAGGACCAGUGUCCUCUAGAGGUGGCACUGCCCCCUGAGAAAGCUGAGGGUCGAGAGGGUACCGGACAGCUCUUCAGUACAGAUGAUGUUGAAAGAGCAGCAAACCGCGAAGGUCUGCGAGGCCUGGGCAAGAAGCGCCUGAACAUCGACGCACUCCAGUGCGACGUCUCGGUGGAGGAGGACAACCGCCAGGAGUGGACCUUCACGCUCUACGGCUUCGACAACAGUGGGAAGGCCACCAGGGAGGACAUGUCCAGCCUGAUGCACACCAUCUACGAGGUCGUCGACGCCUCCGUCAACCACUCCUCCGGCAGCAGUAAGACCCUCCGAGUGAAGCUGACCGUCAGCCCCGAGCCCUCCAGCAAAAGGAGGGAGGGUCUCCCCGCCAGCCAGGACCGGGAACCCACUCGCUGCAGGACGGAGGGCGAGGUCCUCGAGGACCCCAGGGUGGCUGACAGGAGGCUGUCUGCUCACAUCAGGAGGCCCAAUGCUGACCCCCACCCCUGCCCCGUGAGGGGACUGUACUGCGUGGAUGAGAACACUGAGCGGAGAAACCACUACCUGGACCUGGCCGGAAUAGAGAACUACACGUCUAAAUUCGGACCUGGGUCCCCGCCAGCACAGGCCAAGCAGGAGCACCAGGGCAAGGCCUCACACCCCCCAAGCAGGUCUCGCUCCCAGGAGUCAGAUGCACACACUGUGCACAACCGCAGGUCCCAGGUGCUGGCUGACCAUGUCCUGCUGGCCGGCGACCCCACUGCCCGGGCCCUGGACGUGCAGCCCCGGCUGAAGGGGCAGGAAAAGCAGUUCCUCAAGUCCCCCAAGGGUGCGGGCAGGCCACCUGGGGUGCCCAGUGGGGGCGUGCCCAUUGGGGGCAUGCCGGGUGGGGGCAAGCCCGGGAGGGCUUUCAGCUACCACCGGGAGGGCCACUCUCCCCUCAGGGCCCCGCUGGGCCAGCCUGCGGUGAUGGAGCACGAGGUGGUGCGGGACCUGCCGCCCAUGCUGGUGGGGGAGGGCUACUCGGUGCCCGUGGUCCAGCGCCACGAGCACCACCACCACCACGAACACGGAGCCCGGCUGCAGGUCUCCCGUGGCAGCUGCGGUGGCACCCGUGGACACUCGUGGAGCGGGCCCUUCGCGCUUCCUCCGCUCGCCUUUCCUCCGUGCUCCUGA